UAUACCUUAAAUUAUGGCACCGUAUGGAUAUGACAUCUCAAAAUGAGCGUUACAUUUUAUUUUUCAUCCCCUUCUUCAGAACCUCCUGGGAAGCAGUGGCAAUUGUUAGUUAGUGGAUCCUGGUUAAAUAAAUAACAUUGAAUGAACCUAGAGCUAUGACCCCUAAAGACAACUGUAUGUCUCUGCCCACCAGAGCUGUGUUGUGUUGAUGGAUGAGCCAUUAGUCCUGGUGGGAGGAGAGUCCACUAUACCACUAUAUAAAAAACUCCACAGACAGACAUCUCCUUUGCUCUGUUUUACGCCAGUUGGACAUGGGGGGAGGCUUCUACGUAAGUAAGGUUGUUGGGGUGGUGGACAUUGUGUUUGGUGCAGGGGCAGUGGCCACCAUAAUUGCUUUGGCGGUCGUUUAUUCUCAAGAAGUAGCUAAAAACAACGAGGUUGUCAGUCCGACUAAUGGAGGUUCCACUGUCAAGCCACCGGUCAACACACCUGUUAUACCCACAACUGCACCCUCUAAUGAACCAUGGGACAAGUACCGUCUCCCAGACACCCUGAAGCCUGACCACUACAACCUGACCCUGUGGCCUCGACUCACCGUCAACGCACAAGGCCUCUACAUCUUCACUGGGAAAUCCUAUGUGGUCUUCCAACGUGUGAAGGAGACAGACCUGAUCCUCAUUCACUCCAACAAGCUGAACUACACCAAGUGGGAUGAUGACCAUCUGGCUAAACUGACUGCUCUCUGUAGCACACCUGCACCAGCCAUUAAGGCUUCCUGGCUAAAAGUAACAACCCAGUUUCUAGUGUUGCAGCUGCAUGGCAAGUUAACUGUUGGAGAAUACUACAAGCUGGACACAGUGUUUGUUGGAGAGCUGGCUGAUGACAUGGGAGGCUUUUACAGGAGUGUAUAUAUGGAGGAUGGAGAACAAAAAGUUGUUGCAACAACUCAAAUGCAGCCCACAGAUGCCAGAAAAGCCUUCCCCUGUUUUGAUGAGCCUGCAAUGAAAGCCAUCUUCCACAUCACUCUCCUCCACCCCCCUGAUACAGUAGCCCUGUCAAACGGCAUGGAGCAUGCUUCUGCUCCAGUCACUGAGGUGGGGCCCGAGGUGGCUGGGAAUGUUUGGAGGACAUCUUUCGAUGAAACUAAGAAAAUGUCAACAUACUUGUUGGCAUUUAUUGUCAGUGACUAUGCCUAUAUUAACAGCUCAGCAGACAAUGUUCUGGUAAUUGUUUUAACCUAUUCUUUCCAAAACAAUCCACUUACUUUAGUUGUACUGUAUCUUCCUACCCUCAGGUACAACCAGGUGAAUGCCAUUAGGAUGGCCUCUAGCACUGGAGUGAUGGAGUGUCAGAAUCUGACUAAAGGCUGGUACAGCCAGUGGAUGGCUGACCCUGUCAACAAUCCAAUACACCCCAACUUGAGGACGACAGUGUACUGCAGUGCUAUCAGUGCAGGGGAGGCUGCAGAGUGGGAAUUUGGUUGGGAGCAGUUCGAGGCUGCCAGCAUCGCUAUUGAGGCAGACAAGCUUCGAUCUGCCCUGGCCUGUACCAAGCAGCCCUGGCUACUCAACAAGUACCUGGACUACACCCUGGAUGCAACCAAAAUCCGCAAGCAGGAUGUCACCUCUACCAUUGUUUACAUUGCAAGCAAUGUUGUCGGCCAGUCUCUGGCCUGGGACUUUAUGAGAGACAGAUGGGGUUGCAUCUUUACUCAGUACGGUGGUGGUUCUUUCUCCUUCUCCAAUCUCAUCGAUGGUGUGACCAAGAGGUUUUCAACUGAAUUUGAGCUCAAACAGUUCAUGCAGUUCCAGGCAGACAACUCUGAGCUUGGCUUCGGCUCAGGUACCUUGGCAGUUUCACAGGACAUUGAGAGGACAACAGCUAACAUCAAAUGGGUGGCGGAGAACAGGAACUCAGUGCAGGCAUGGUUUAAAGCACAUGCUGAUAUACCAUAAUGGUCACAUGGAGAAACAAACACCAGUCCAUUUAUUUAUUAUCCAAGACCAAUCCUAAAGCCAUGUUCCCUGUUUUGAUGAGAAUUUUUUGUCUAUCUAACAGUUAGUUAUCCUGCCCCCUAGUUAUCAUGCCCCCUAUUUAUCCUGCCCCUUAAUCAGAAGUACUAUGUAGGCCUAUACUUCUAUUUUUUUGGAAAUAACUUUAUCUUUGUAUGAAUUAAAAUAUCAUUCUUCUAUCAAUAACUUUUUAUGGAAGUACAUUUUUAUCAUAACAUAUUUAGCUUAAGUCAAUACUCUUAAUAUUUGUAGACAUUUUAAGGCACUAACUUUGUAAAAUGCUGCUUUGCUAUGAAAC